GAUCUUGCUGCCGUCGGUGUCCCAGAAGCCGGACGUUCCGCGCGUCCAGUUUGCACUUCAGGAAGGUCGCUCCCUGUCAGGACUCCUUGAGGCAGCUCUGCCACCUGUCCUUCACAUCGCCGUAGUUGCCCCAAAUGUGGCUCGACCGCGAAGACAGCUCGUUAACGCUCGAAUUCCUCCCAGGCCGCCCAGGCCUCGGAAUCCCUUUCCAUUGCAAGGCAGGCGUUCUGCCUGGGCCUCGCCGAAGCCGCUGGGCUCCCAGAGGACGUGAGUCCACGCGGACUGCCAGACGAUGGCGCCGGGGCUCGUCUGCGCCUCGCCCCGCUAGUGGCGAUGGUAGUCAUCUUGACUCUUGCUUGCCGGUCCCUUUCCUAUAGGGCGGACAACAAAAUGGUACGAUUAAAGGGACGGCCCUGGCUCAAGCGGCUCGAGGGCCGCCAUUUCCGGACAAAAACACGUUUUUGUCUGUUUUUCCGUAAAUUCAGUUUUGCGUGGUUUUUGAGGGUGAUUUUGCAUGACAGGUUGCCGGUGUUGCGUUUUUCUCACGAUUUUCACGUUGUCGGUCGUGUUUGGAAAGAGCUUCCCCAAGCACGUGGGCCUUGUGAAGGCGAGAUUCGGGGACACUCUGGGGUACGGGGCGGCAGGGAACCGCUCGCGGGUGCAAAGACUUCGACGUGCAGAUCUUGUCGCAGCGCCGCGAGUUGCCUUUUUGUCACUUUUUGUUGGCCGCUUGCAGGUGGAUCCAAUUCGUGCUACUGGGGACUCUUUGGCUGGGCACCUGUGCGGAUUGGUGUCAACUCGGCCUUUGAGCAGUGUUUCAGGUUUGGUCCUGGAGUUUGAAGGUCGUGUUUUCGCGCUUCCCCGUGCCAGGCUUUGUUUUGACAUCGAGGCAUACUGCCCGGGCCUUCGCUGCUUCCGUUGUCAUGGCCAUCAAUGCCAACUGAUCUUUGAGGUUUGGGUCCCAACUCGUCAAUCUGUCAGGCCCCCUGAUCUUUGGCUUAGCGAGGCCCGGAUACCCCCCCCGUCCCGUGCCAUGAUUUGCGCGACUCGGGCCUUUUUGCUGAUUGCGCCGUCAGUGUUGAUGUGCGGAUUUGAACUGAGCUUUCAGGGUUGGGCCCAACCUUGAUCUCUUUGACCCGGUGAGGCCCGUGUAUCUUUGGAAAUCGUGACCUCGUUGAGCCAGGUCUUUUGUAAGUCAGGCAGUGUGGUUUCCUCGAGCUCCACGUUCCGCCCGGGCCCUCGCCGCGUUCCAUUGUCAUGGCCAAGAGGUCCCGUGCAGGUUAUUGUCAUUUGAUCUUUGUCACCAAUCUGUCAGCCCCCUUGAUUUUUGACCCAGUGAAGCCC